UUCUUGCAUAGUAUUUAAGUUUCACUUUUUAUUGCUACAGAGAGCAUGAGAAAUAUGACUGAGGUUGAGAGUACUUCCGGUUUAGAUAACUUAAAGGUGGUUACAGAUGAGAUCAACAAAAAGUGUGAGGAUGGACUUUCAGACCUGUCUAAACGUUUGGAAAGAAAGACGAAUGAUUUGAGAUCUUCUUCCACAGAACUGUCCAAAAGACUUGCGGCUUCGGAAAAGCAAAUGAAAGAGUUGGAUCAGGCAACGGAGAAACAAACACAGACUGUAGCAUUCAAUGUGAUGGAUGCAGUUAACUACACGGGUUUUGGUGUCAUGAAAUUCUCCAAAACCAUACUAAACAAAGGCGGGGCCUACAACAUAGACACGGGGAUUUUCACAGCACCAAUUGACGGUAUAUAUCAGUUUAAUGCACACAUUUGCGGCGAUGAAGCUAUAGACGAGAUAGACUAUUACAUCGCAGUUAACUCACUAUCAAUAGUUUCUGGAGAGUUUACCGUCCCAGCCAAAGCUUCAGAUGCAAAAUGUGCGUCUUUUAGUGUAGUGGCCUUGGUUCGGAAAGGUGAAAAUGUUCAACUUGGUGGAGUGCCAUUCUCUUAUUUAGAUGAGAAUAACAAUAGUAAUGAUUUAUGUUCUUUCUCUGGUGUCCUGAUACACAGCAUAUAAAGCAUCACAUGUUCGAUGUAUAUAUCGAGUUUCAGAAAUAUUGAUAAUAAAAGUAAGACAUGAUCAUUGACACUAACAUAUUCAUUUGUUCCUACUCCGCUACAUUUAUACUUACAGUAUUGUUUAGAAAAGAAAAAAAACAUUAAUCAAAAUUUCAGAAACAUUAUCGAAUUUUACAAUGGUAUGUUCGUAUAAUCGCUGUCAUAUUGUCCUUUUGCCGUGAUAAUGGAUGUUAGAUUAGUUUCUUAAGGAAUUCAGAAAUGAAAACAUCGUGAAGUGUAAUUUUAUUUUUAUUGCAAUCAAUCAAUCAAUUAUUUCGAAUAAUUUCAAAAGUUUCCGUAUUUUUGCAUGUGUUGAUAUUAAGGUAAUUUAACAUGUAUUAUUAUCAUUUUUGUUGUUGGUGAUGUACGUGAAAUGUAUGUAAAUAAGAUUAUUGUUAAUAUUAUUAUUAGUGUUGAUCUAUUUAAAUGUUAAUGAAGUGAACCGGCCCCUGAUUUUUGCUGAUUUUCACGAAAGUUUGAAAAAAAGACAUGAUUGGUAAAAGCAUGUUGCCAAACGUGUAAAUAUAAAGUGAUUAGUACACUUAAUCCAUAUGCUUGUUAUAACGUGUCCAUAUAUGGAGAAAUGACCCUAACUUUUAUAUGUUAGUAAAUAGGUAGAAAUAUUGUAAAUUAAAUAAUUGUUAAUUCUGUCAUAUUAUGUAUAAACAUCCAAAGUUCCACGUGGAUAGUGACGAUUAAUACAUUCUUAAAAUGUAAAAGCUAUAUCUACGCUACUUGCCCUUUACAAAUUUUUUGUUUUAAAAUUACUCGAAUAUAGAUAUAUUUUUUUAUGUGGACGAAAUCAUUGCAAAACUGUUGAAGUCCUUCUUAAGAUUUCUUCCGCGGUACAUUUUAUUCUAUUUACGUAGUGUACCAAUGUGUGUUAAAUAACAAAGUCAUUCUAUAUUAGUUAUAACUCUUUUAAACAUGCCAACAACAUCACAGGUUUACUCUUUUUACAUUUUUGUAUAAAAUAUCAUUGGAUAUAACUUGAGCCCUUUGAACUAACGAAACACUCAUAUAUUUCAACUCUUGUUAUAUUUAAGUUCAAUUACAAUAUAGAAAAUAAGAAAUCUUUAUGGAAAAAUGAUAUUUUAGAUUGUCUUAGAUUGUCUCAGAUUGUUUUCAUUUAAACUUUCAAAGACAUUUAUAUUAUAUAUCCACGCAUUCAUUUUUGUUCUAAAUUUAAACAUGUCUUGAACAAACAGUAUUAUUAUGAAUGAUUAAAGCUGCACACCAAACUGAGUAAAAAACAAACUUUAGAACAAUAUAUUAGGAGUAUAAGCAAUGUAUAAAUAUACUCGCUUCGUUUACAUGUUUCAGGAGAAUAUGACUGAAUUUAUUGCCUUUUCGAUAAACCGUUCCUAAUAAAGGCAGAACUGUUUUGGCAUAUUUUGACAUAAUAUGCAUAAUUCAUGCAUAUUUUAAGUGCUCUGUUGGGUAUCUCAUUCAGAAAAAAUAUGUGUGUCUUUUUCAUCCUUUUUUCCAGUUUAGAGUUUGAUCAGAUUGUAUGAAAAGCCAGUAAGAUGUUGAUCUGCAUCUUUUUAUUUAUAGGCAAGUCGUUAUCGCCGAUAUAAUAGAUAUUUUUAUAAAUAAUCUUCAGAGAUUAAAUGAAAAAUUAAACAAAAUUGUCCACAAUAAUUUGAAUAAAACUCGAGACUGGACAGGCUAUUUCUUUCAAUGUUGUUUAUAUUGUUUAAAUCAGAAUAGAUUCUCGAGUGUAAUAGUGAUUUUGUUGUUUUGGAAUGUUAUUCGGUAGUCAGGGAAAAACCUGAACAUAGUAGCUUUCACGAUCAUGAUAUAUAAUAUAAUAAAAUAACUGACAUUAACUGGUUUUUCUCAAUUAAAUUUUAAGAAAAACCACUUAAUGUCAGUUAUUUUCAAGUAUAAUUUAUCUUGUUCCUGCACUUUUUAUCAA